CCUCUUUUCCUUCCUCGACCCUCGAGCAUCGCUGCUGCUGCUGCUACUGCUGCUCCUCUCACCUCCCCAUCGCUGAUUGUGUCCUCAUUCAUGCUCCUCCGAGCCUCGCAUUCGUCCUCACACCUACUCCGCCUGUUCCCGAGACGCCUCUUCUUCUCCGAGCCCCAGGUGAUCGUCAUUUCGACGACAACCUCUGUCCAGCUAUCCUCGUCCCUUUGCACCACAUCGCUCGCCAUGGCUCCCCCCAAGCCUGCUCUCGACUUUGUCGAUUUCGUCAACGCCUCACCCACUCCCUACCACGCCACCAAGUCGGCCGCCGAGCGGUUUGAAAAGGCCGGCUUCACCCUCAUCAAGGAACGCGACUCUUGGGCCUCGAAGCUCCAGCCCGGCGGCAAGUACUACCUGACCCGCAACGGCUCCUCCAUCGUCGCCUUCGCCAUCGGCCGCAAGUGGCGCCCGGGCAAUCCCGUCGCCAUCGUCGGCGCCCACACUGACUCGCCCUGCCUGCGCCUCAAGCCCGUCUCUAAAAAGUCAAAUGUCGGCUAUCUGCAGGUCGGCGUCGAGACGUACGGCGGCGGCAUCUGGCACUCGUGGUUCGACCGCGACCUGAGCAUCGCCGGCCGCGUCCUCGUCCGCGACGGGGACAACUUCGUCCAGAGGCUCGUCAAGGUCGACCGCCCGCUCCUGCGCAUCCCCACUCUAGCCAUUCACCUCCACCGUCAGUCCAACUUCGACCCCAACAAGGAGACGGAGCUGUUUCCCAUUGCCGGCCUCGCGGCCGCCGAGCUGAACAAAAGCGCCGCCGCCGCCGGUGAGCCCGCAGAGGACGAGCAGGACCACGAUGUGGAGGAUUUCCGCCCGCUGGAUCAAAUGUCGGAGCGCCACCACCCGGCCGUGCUCGACGUGCUCGCCAGCGAGCUCAAGGUGGACGUGUCGGCCAUUGCCGACUUCGAGCUCGUCCUCUACGACACGCAAAAGUCGUGCAUCGGCGGCAUCAGCGACGAGCUCAUCUUCUCGCCGCGCCUCGAUAAUCUGGGCAUGACGUACUGCUCCGUAAUGGGCCUCAUCUCAUCGGUCCGCGACGGCGCCUCGCUCGACAACGACUCGACAAUCCGCAUGACGGUGUGCUUCGACCACGAGGAGAUUGGCUCGCAGUCGGCUCAGGGCGCCCACUCCAACCUGCUGCCCUCGGUGAUCCGCCGCCUGUCUGUCUUGCCCGGCAACCGCGAUGCCUCGAGCGAGGGCAGCUAUGAGGCCGUCCACCACGAGGGCGAGGAGUCGACGGCCUACGAGCAGACCCUGUCGCGGUCCUUCCUCAUGUCGGCCGACAUGGCGCACGCCGUGCACCCCAACUACGCCGGCAAGUACGAGUCGUCGCACCAGCCCGCCAUGAACAAGGGCACUGUCAUCAAGAUCAACGCCAACCAGCGCUAUGCCACCAACUCACCCGGCAUCGUCCUCGUCCAGGAGUGCGCCCGCCUCGCCGGCGUGCCCCUGCAGCUUUUCGUCGUCCGCAACGACUCCCCCUGCGGCAGCACCAUCGGCCCGGGCCUCGCCGCCAAGCUCGGCAUGCGCACCCUUGACCUCGGCAACCCCCAGCUCAGCAUGCACAGCAUCCGCGAGACGGGCGGCGCCGCCGAUGUCGAGCACGCCGUCAAGUUGUUUGACCAGUUCUUUGAGAGCUAUGGCCGCCUCGAGCCUAAGAUUUUGGUGGACUAGGCGAUGAUGGCAACAAAUGGGAUGCAAUUCGAGCAACGAGAUUAUUUUCUCUCAUAUUUUGUCUCCCUUUUCUUGCCACGCGGGUGCAUGGCAAGACGGCGGGAGGUGUAAUGUUGGCGGUGUUGGGUGUGAGUUGUGUGUGUGUCGGAUCUGCUGUGAAAUGUGCCACGGCCAGCCAGUUGUACCCUUAAUAAGUGAAGGAACCACGUAGGCUGUGACAGCAUCUUUUGCCAUGCUUACGACAGCUGGCUAUGAGAAAACGGCAUGAGGCGCCUUCAUGCGCGCCAGAAAAUGCUUCAUUACAAAAGAUGAAUCAAUCAAUGUUAUUUCUUUUUCAAAGCCAGGAAACAUUGUCCAGCAACGCCGUUUGGUAACCCCAUCCCAUCACAUUCACUCGUC